GCUAAAUAUUCUCUUACAAAACAUGUGCUUAAAGGGUACUUCUAAGUCCUAACCUUCAUUCGUGAACUGAUUUUGAGAUCACAUUUGGUCACUGAUAUUACUAAGUAAUAUCAUAUUUAGUUUUUAGAAAACAUAUGCUUAAAAGGGUAUUCAUACAUCUCUCUCUCCUCAUGGUUUGAGCAUUCAGAAUUUUAACCCUAGUAGCUAGCUAAGAUAUAUAUGUAACAAUAUAGCAUCUUCCCUUUUCCCCCCCAAACAUUCCAACUACAUAAACAAACAAACCCCCCCCCCCCCCCCCCCCCCCCCCAAAAUUUCCACACCAUUCCGCCGCUCACAAUGUCUUGUUGCGGCGGCCGCCGCGGCCUGAAGCUCUGCCUCAUCGUCGCCGGCAUCCUCCUCCUCGUCCUCCUCGUCACCAUCCUCGUCGUCUUCCUCGUCGUCCUCAAGCCCAAACAGCCCAAAAUCACCACCAAAUCCGUAACCCUCGACCGCAUCCACUCCUCCAUCUUCCCUAAACCUUUCCUCAACCUCACCCUCGGCCUCGUCGUGGAGGUCGAGAACCCGAACUACGGCAGCUUCCGCUACGACGACAGCAGCGCCUACCUCGUCUACCGCGGCGGCCUGGUCGGGGUCUCGCCGAUCCCGGCCGGUUACCAGAAGGCCCGGUCGACCCAGACGAUCCGGUCCAACGUCACGCUCAUGGCCGGUGGGUUGCUCAAGGAUUUGGAAUUUUACGGGGAUUUGGUGAAGGGGGUUCUGAAUUUCACUUCGACGUCGUCGUUGCACGGCAGGGCGUCGAUGUUUAAGGUAAUGAAGGUGGAGGUUACGAGCAAUUGUACGUGCGAGAUUUCGGUUCGUGUCGCCGGUAAGAAGGUGGACUCCAGUUGUAAGACCGUCGUCCGCCACUAGAAUGAUGAUGAAUGAAACUGCAAUAAUAUUUUAUUUUUUGGUGAACUAAUUUAUGUUUUUUUUUUUUUUUUUUUGUGGGAUUUGUGACUUCUUCUUCUUCCUCCUCCUCCUCCCAUCUAUCUAUCUAUCAAAUUUGUUUCACAUUCUUGUAAGAAUUAGUUUGUAGUUAUUUAAUUAUUUAUUGAAGUUCACUUCUCAUCACAUAUUUUGAUUUGUAUUAAUUAAGUUGGGUAAUCACACACAAACGCACUUAAAUAUAUGUUGUGGGUACUUGAACUCGAGGAACCUUUGCUAAAUAGUUCGUUUGUUAUGUGCUACUAGCUAGAGUUUCAAUAAUGUCGCUUUUUAGGAUGGUAAAAUAGUGUAUUAUAGUAGAGGAAGUACAUUAUCAUUUAAUAAUUGGUGAACUUGCCAAAGUCAUUUAUUUCCAAUCUGUUAGGCAAAACACAAUUGACUUACUAUUAGGAAUGACAAUGGGCAGGUCCGGGGCGGGUUACUUGGUAUCCAGACCUGUCCCGUGGUAGGUUGGGUCCAGGUCGGAUAACUUAUCACGGGUCGCGGGUAGGUCAACCCAAUGGGUAUGCAAUUUAUAUGAAAAAUAUUAGAAAUAUUCGUUAUUUUUAUUAUAAGACCAAGAAAACAAACAAUAUUAGAAUAAAUGUAGUUAAAUUAUUGGAGAAAUUGAGGCUUUCACUAAUUUAAAACUUUAUUAUAGCUAAAAUAUGAUGUAAUAAAAUGAAAAUCCUAAGUAAUUUGACUAAGAUUACAUGUAAUUUAGGCAAGAACGGGUCGAGAAUGGAGCGGGUCAGGACAGGUCGGGUCAAUGAGAGUACACAUGCCCGCCCCGCCUACGGGGCGGGUCAGACCCACCCCAAAACAGGCCAAACAGGUCGGGUAAAAUAGGUCAGGUUGAAAUUGCCAUCCCUACUUACUAUGCUAUAUUGGAUUAAUUAAAAUGUGAAAUAUUAGUACAACAUUAUAAUAUUUUGAUUAGAAGAUAUAAGUGGGUUUUUGUGUGCUCCAGAGGUAGCGCAAUCCGAAUAUCAUAAUCCACACUCCGAUACUCAAGUUAGUUCGAACGUUAAAAUAAACUUAUAAAGUAUGUGGCGAAAAGUUAAAUCCAUAAAGGGUGUUUUUGUUUUAAUAAUUCUUUAAAUUUGAUACCUUUCCCUCAAACUUGUGGAACUUUUUCUCCAGUUUGGGGAAAAUGUUUGGAAGAAGAAAUUGUACGCUAGGAGUUGGGCCCUCAAUUUGGACGAUAGAAGGGCUUGGACCCCAAGCCUGUUAUGGGCCCGGUAGACUUUCUACUGAUCUUGUGCUAAAUCAGUCUUUUAUUUUCUCUGGGCUUUUGUAGUUUUGUUUGGGUCAUGAAUAAUUUGUUCAGCAAGUAGUUGAGUUGAUUCCAGGGGCAGAGCUACUUGGGAAGUAGGGUGGGCCCCGGCCCUAGAGAUGUCAAUUUCGACUUGACCCGUUUUACCCGACCUGUUUGACUUGCUUUGUGGCGGGUCCGACCGGCCUCCGUAGGCGGGGCGGGGCGGGCAUGGGUACCUCUCAUCGACCUGACCUGCCCCGACCCGCCCCAUUCUUGACCCGUUCUUCCCUAAAUUACAUGUAAUCUUAGUCAAAUUAUUUAGGAUUUUCCUUUUAUUAUCUCAUAUUUUAGUUAUAAUAAACUUGUAAAUAAGUGAAAACCUUAAUUUCUCCAAUAAUUUAACUACAUUUCAUCAUAUCAUGGUUUCUUUCUUGUUCUUUUAAUGAAAAUAACGAAUAUUUCUAAUGUUUUUCACAUAAAUUAGAUACCCAUUGGGUCGAUAUGCCCCGACCCGCGCACCGUGAUAAAAUACCCGACCUGGACCCGACCUGCCAUGGGACGGGUAUGGGUAUCGAGAUACCCGCCCCGGACCUGCCCCAUUACCAUUCCUACCCGGCCCUCCCGGGAUUAGUCUGGGUCCCUAGGAUCUUAACUCUUAAGGAUAUUUAGAUAAAAUUUGAAUAAGUAG